AUGGCGGAAGCAAAUGGAUUUGAAGAACCUUUGUGCGGGUGCACAAAAGAUAUGAAGAGCUGUUUAAUCUCAUGGUGUGUUCCAUGUGGUUCCCAGUGUGUCCAAGGAAUGGCAAUCAACGAGGCAAGCGCAGGAUCAGAAAGCUGUUUCGUCCCAUGUCUCCUGGCUGCAUUUUUAGGCUGUAUUGGCUCAGCAAUCAACCGUGGGAAUAUUCGUAAUCGUUACAGGAUUGAUGGGAACUUCAUUGUAGAUUUGCUGAUUAGCUGGUUCUGUCUACCUUGUGUCUCAUGCCAAAUGUACCGUGAAGUACAAUGGAGGAAUCAAACUAAAAGAACUUAA